AUUAGUGGUAUGUAACCGUAAACAGAUUUUCGGCUGACGUGUACUUCCGGUCCAUUUCGUAAACCGAUCGUCCGAAUUGAGAAAGCUGUCAGCAAUUGUAUUUACAUCAACUGACAACCAUGUCAUCAAGUGCUUCAAAAUUUUCUUUGGACCUCUUUCAACAUGUCGUUUCUCACAAUCCCCAUGGCAACCUGUUCAUGUCGCCUAGCAGCAUUUUCGUUGUCAUGACAAUGGUUCAAACUGGAGCAAGAAAUGAAACCAGAAAUCAGAUGAUUUCUACUCUUCAAUUUCAAUCCAAUGAUCAACAGUCAAUACUUGCUGAUGCUGAGCAAUUUGUUAAGGUGUUGAAUAAAGGGAGCGAUCAUGUCGUACUGAGAAGCGCUAACAGACUCUAUCCGAACAGUGAUAAAAGCAUUUUGGAAGAUUACAUUAAAGCUGUAGUCAAACAUUUUGCCUCAGAUGUAAAAAAUGUGGACUUCAUAUCCAACCCAGAGGGAAGCAGACAAGAAAUAAACAAAUGGGUAGAGGAAGUCACAGACGAAAAGAUCAAAAACCUUCUGCCUAGCGGAUCUAUUAAUGCACUCACAAGAAUGGUAGUUGCAAAUGCCAUCUAUUUUAAAGGAAACUGGGCGACACAGUUUGAGCCAAAGAGUACAACAAAAACUGAUUUUCAUACAUUGGACGGAAAAGCUUUGAAGAUAGACAUGAUGAAACGAGAAAUGAAGAAAGUGCGAUAUGGCGAGAGUACAGCUUUGGAUUGUAAGGUUUUACAUAUGCCUUACAUUGGGGAUGAAAUGGCUAUGGUAAUUCUACUUCCAAACACCGUCACGGGAUUGCUGGAAAUGGAGAAAAAGAUGAACGUCCAAAAAAUGAACCAAUGUAUCGAAGAUGUUUCCUCACCCACUCUUAUAGUUACCGUUCCGAAAUUCAAGCUCGAGAGUUCAUUCCAGCUUUCAGAUACAUUAUCGGCUCUAGGAAUGCCUGACGUGUUCGAUGCAAACAAAGCUGACCUUUCUGGAAUGGGAAAAGAUUUGUUUGUUUCUAAGGUGUUCCACAAGGCAUUUGUGGAUGUCAACGAAGAAGGUACAGAGGCUGCAGCUGCGACUGCUGCAACAAUUAUGUGGCCAAGCAUGCCAGCUCCUCCACGGACGUUUACGGCUGAUCACCCGUUCAUGUUUAUGAUCUGGCACUAUCAGCUGAAAGCGCCACUGUUUGUUGGUCGCUUUACUGGACAUGAAACGGAAGCUGCUCAGACACGAGACGAACUCUAGAUUGCAUGCGUUUUGCAUAAAGGCGUCUUUGAUAAAUACAGUGCCCUAAUAUUUACCUUAGCCUGUUCACCCUAGUUUGAUCAUUGGUGUAGUUAAGUUUGUCAGUUGCAAAUGUGACUUUUGAUUGUUAUAGCCUGUGUGUGUAUGUAGCUUCUUUAUGCAGUUCAUGGAAAACUAGUGUGAAAGAUUACGUUAUCGGAUGCGUUUAAUGUGGUACCUAGAUUGUAUCGGAAUUUUACUGCCAAAACUGGCGAUUUUUGCACCGAAAUCUUUUAUCGCAAUUUUCGGAUUAGAACAUAUACAUCUUUGGAUUGAUGUUAUGAUUGCGCAAUCUGAAACAUCGGAACGCAAAACAAUUCACUGAGAGUUGGACGUUUGAAGUCGUAUCGCACUAGAGGCGCAGCCUGUAUUACAAAUACGGUCACAUAACAUCAAAUUAGUGUUAUGGUCCGUUUUAUUAAAAACCAUUAUCAAAUGUGUUUGAAAAAUAAAUACGAACAAUGUAUGUCCACUAAAGAAUGUAUUUUGUUGAAUGAAAAAAAGUGACAAGUCAUCCGUGUGUUUGUAUUAGCAUUAAAAGAAAUACAGUUAAAUGCGUGAUACAGAAAUAGAAAACGCUAGUAGUGAAUGCCAAUCAUUGUAUUUGAAUGUUGAAUACAUUUUGGAUUUGGGGGCAGAAAAAAGGUUUAUAAUAAAAUAUUUUAAUAUCGUAUACUAGCGCCCACUAAUAUACAUGUUCCAAAGACAAAAUAUAUAAUUUUAUUUAUUCUUCGUAAAAAUUAACUUGCAUUAUGAUUCGAUCAGGUGAAUGUUUUCACAUUUAACACUAAGUCUCUAUGGCGUUUAUGUUGUUACGUACAUACAACUACGUUAUGAGCAUGACUGUAAUUGUGUGAGCGAUUUAGAUAAAGCUACACUUUUAAAUUUGUUGUAACGGAUGCAAUUCAAUGUGUUAUGAAAUUCCACAUUUAACGAAAAGAACAAAAACUUAAAAUAAAAUGUUCUCGCGGUUUACAAAGUAAGUUAUAAAAGGAGACAAUGUUUGACAAAGUGUUAUUUGCAUGUCUUUCAUUAUGUAUUUCAUUAUGUUGUUUACACAGUAUUUAUGUAACAAUCUUCUUUGUAUAUACAUUCUAUUUUAUAAAGAAAUUUCUAUAAAUUAA